UAAUAAAGAUAUAACGUAUCAGUGUAGAACGCUUAUGGUUCUUCUCCCGUCUUUGUAUUCCUCGAAGGGCAAAAUCGAAAGGUCGAUCGAGAAUUGAUUUGAGAUACGUACCUUUCCCAUUCCGUUUCGAGGGCUUUCUGUCACCGAAAUGUCAUCGCCGUUGGGGGAAGUCUCUGCAGACGUUCAACCGGCAGAUUUGAAGAAACCGAACCUCCGCAAAGCAUUCAACCUCCUUAAAACCCACGCCGCUGCGGUUGCCAACUUCACCCUUCAAUGGCAGGAUCUGGAGGACCACUUCAACUCCAUCCACGACUCAAUCGAAGCCAAACUCCAACAACUCCAAUCCAACCAGAACCAAACCGCUUCAGGCCUCCAAUCUCAAGCCAAAUCACUAGAUGUCAAACUCGAUUCUGCAGAUACCCAAUUCACUCCGACUCUUCAAUCCCAGGACAAAUGCAAAGAGAUCCAAUUUACUUCUAAAGAGACCCAAUUGGUUCCACCCAUUCUAUCCCAAUUCGAUUCUAACGAAACCGAGUCGAUUCCUGCCCUUAAAUCAGAAACGAAGUCAAAAGAAACCCAAGUGACAACCCUUCAAAACCGAAAAAAAAAGGAAGAAUCUUGGCCUGAAAAUGCCUCUUUUAAUGGCAUUCCGAUAUAUGAUGGGAAAGAGUUGUUAUUGUACGUGAAUGAGCAUUUAAAAGAUCUCGCAUCGUUGCGCAAUGAUAUAUGUAAUGCGCUCAAGCUUUCGGUGGAUUCUGGAAAGCUAGUGUUGGAGGCAAUGAAAUGGUUUUAUUUACCAGAGUUAAAGAAGGGGGAUAUGAAUAUUGAGGUUUCUACCAGAAGGAAGAAUUGUGUGCUAUUGUUGGAGGAGUUGAUGAGAGUGAGACCACUGAUUAAAGCAGACGUGAGAGAAGAAGCUGUGAAACUAGCCCUUGAGUGGAAGGCAAAUAUAAGAUUCGCAGCGAAUAGUUCGUUGGAGGUUUAUGGUUUUCUAUUGCUUUUGGGUGCCUUUGGGCUAGUGAGUGAGUUUGAUGGCGACGAGGUUUUGAAGCUUUUUGAUAGUGUUAAACAGCGUAAGCAGGCUACUGAGUUGUUUCGGGCUCUUGGUUUUGCUGAUGAUGCCUCUGAUUUUAUUCAAAAACUCAUUUCACAGAAUAAGCGACUUGAUGCUGUCAGAUUUAUUCAUGCAUUCGAACUGGUUGAUGAAUUCCCUCCUGUACCACUGCUUAAAGCCCAUUUGAAGGAUACCAAGAAGUUUGCAAGGAUGGGCUGCAGGGGAAAAAAAACUCUUAAAGCGCAGGAUGAGGCAACAGGUAAAGAAAUAGCUGCAAUAAAGGCUGUAAUAAAAUGUGUUAAUGAUUACAACCUUGGAUCCCAAUACUCUCCCGAUAACCUCAGAAACCGCAUCCAGCAGCUGAGAAAGAGUAGAAAAGAAAAAGCUUUGCAGCUGAGAAAGCCCAGCAUUGAGAGAGAGGUUACCGCAACAGCCUCAGGCCCAAAGGACCAGGUGCAACAAUGGGGUGCAAAUAAACGUACUUCCCCUAAGUGGCAAGCUCAGUCGAAUCAACAGAACAGAAAGAAGCAUCCUCGGAGGGAUGCAUUGCAUGCAUCUGAAAAUGAAGGUUUCUCAAACCAUUUGGUACAGCCAUCUUAUCAUCAGCCAGCAGGCUUCUUAGUGAGCCAAGGUGCUGAGUUCUAUGGAACGGCUACAGCAGCACCUAUCCCAAAUGUUCCAGUUGGUGUCACUUCCACCAUCCACACCAGGCAACCAGCUCAUCAUCAUCAUCAUCCAGAAAGCUCAGUCACUGGUCAGGAUGUGCACUACUUAGCACCAUCAGCUGGAAUGUAUAGUUUGUCACGUUCCUCUCCUGAGCCCCCUAUUGCAAGUGUAUCAGCUAGUCGAUAUGGUUUUCUGCAUUCUGGCUCCGUUAUCGAACACCGGAGCUCACCAACUGGACGUUAUGGAUUGUUGGUGAACUCGACUGCUGAACACUAUGGAAUGGGCAGUGCAGGUAUGACCUCAUUUGCUGGGCAGUAUGGAACAAGUGCUGCAAAUGGUAGUAACACUGGACGGAUUGGAUCAGCUGGUUUCCAUUCAAGCAUGCGCAUUGCUCCCGAAUCAAGUCCUGACAGAUCCAUUUUGUAUUUCACAGGAAACCCAUCAAGGAUCUCAAAUUAUUAUGAUAGGUAUGGAUCUUAGAGUAAAUGGCUAUGAUACCCUGUCUCAGUGCCCCCUAUCCAUGUAUCAUAUUUUGAUAUUGCACUUUACAAGAAGUUGUAAUUCUGUCAUUUCCAUUUCGGUUUUAUUUUUGAUUCAGUUCGAACAACCUUUAGGGGAAUUCUGUUUCCGCUCCCUGAUAUCCUCUUCUCUUUUAAAUAAAUUUAGCUUGUCUGGAAA